AAUGCAGUAGUGCUGUAAUCCGAUCACCCGAAAACUGAACAGCAUACAACUAGUUGGGAUUUCUGGAACUUUCCACACAGUUCUCAGACCACCGAAACAUCUUCCGAACGCGACAGGGACUGCCAUACUAACUCCAUAAACACUGCAACCUCUGAAGAACUAGAAAAAAUAGCGAAAGUGAAGAAGAGAAAGAGAGAAGACCUUGAACGAGACAUGGGGGUUGACUACUACAAGGUCCUUCAGGUCGAUAGGAAUGCCAAAGAAGACGACUUGAAGAAGGCUUACAGAAAGCUCGCCAUGAAAUGGCACCCCGACAAGAACCCCAACAGCAAAAAGGAAGCAGAAUCCAAGUUCAAACAAAUCUCAGAAGCCUACGAGGUGUUGAGUGAUCCUCAAAAGAGAGCAAUCUAUGACCAAUACGGUGAAGAGGGUCUGAAGGGUCAAGUGCCACCUCCUGAUACUUCUUCUGGUGGAGGAACCACUUUCUUUCCCACCGGAGACAUUCCAGCGUCGUUUCGGUUCAAUCCCCGAAAUGCUGAUGAUAUUUUUGCUGAGUUCUUUGGCUUCUCGGACCCGUUUGGUGGGGUUACGGGAAGAAGUGGUGGUGCUGGCAUGAGAUCGAGGUUCUCUAAUGGCAUGUUUGGUGAUGACAUUUUUAGGUCUUUUAGUGAAGGAGGAGGAGGAGGAGUCCAUGUGAAUCAAAGUGGCCCUCGCAAGGCUUCUCCCAUUGAGAACAAGUUGCCCUGCACCCUUGAGGAGAUUUACAAAGGGACUACCAAGAAAAUGAAGAUCUCUAGAGAGAUUGUUGAUUCCAAUGGCAAAACCACACAGGUGGAAGAGAUCUUGACGAUUAACGUCAAGCCUGGUUGGAAGAAGGGGACGAAGAUCACCUUCCCAGAGAAGGGAAAUGAACAGCCAAAUGUGACACCUGCUGACCUUGUUUUCAUUAUCGACGAAAAACCACACAGUAUCUUCACUCGUGAUGGAAAUGAUCUGAUUGUCACCCAAAAGAUUUCUCUUGCUGAAGCCUUGACUGGUUACACUGUGAACCUCACUACACUGGAUGGUAGAAACUUAACGUUACCAAUCAACAAUGUUAUUCAUCCUGAUUACGAGGAGGUUGUUGCAAGAGAAGGAAUGCCAUUCCCAAAGGAUCCAACAAAGAAAGGAAAUCUGAGGAUUAAGUUCAACAUCAAAUUCCCAACCCGGCUCACUUCUGACCAGAAGGCAGGAAUCAAGAAACUCUUGUGUACCUGAAGUAACUAUAUAUACAUUGGCUCAACCCGUGGCUCUUUCUAUGAAAAUGUAUACUAGAUUACCAAAAUAUUUUACAGGAGAGGCGUAUGCGAUAAAUUUGGUUAUUUUUAUAGAUAUUUUGUGUUUCAUUUUAGUGAUUAAAAUUUUUGUUUCAAUAUUAUUGGUGUUUUGUAUGAUUGGUCAGCCAGUGGAAUGAAUUUGAGUCUAGCUAGUGCAAUGGCCAAUGGUUCAUUUUAUCAUGAUUUGAGCACUG